AUGCCAGACCCAGCAAAAACAUCUCUAAAAGUACCAAAACUGGACAAGUCAAAUUCAGAUAUAUUUUUCUACAGUAAAUUCAAUAAAGAAACGGACAAAUGUGAUGGUAAUAGUACCAUCAAUAGUAUAAAGGGUAAAUUAGAAAUGGAGCUGCAGAGUUACGCAGGUGUUCAAGAUAACAAGGAAAAAAUUAUAAAAGGGGUUUGUUCUGCAUCAAAAAUGGAAGGAACAAGCAGUUCACCAUCAUUAUAUAGCGACCGCUGCAAUUUUCUGUUCUUUUGGAUAGGGGAACUACUAUCGAAGAGUUUAGAUGAUAUUUUAUUUUCGACUAUUGUACAGUUAAUUUGCACGGAAUUAGAAAAGUGGUACACUACGAAUGGGUGUAAAAUUCUUUGUACGUCCGCUAAUAAGGACCUUUUCCUUAAGAGAAAAACAAUAUUCGACUAUUAUCACGACAAUAGUGUUAUACUAACAGCCAUCCUGAGUAAAGAUUCCAACUGUGUUACUAAAUAUGUCCCCUAUUUAGAGAAAAUUCUUCCAAUAUAUAAUGAAGUAAAGGAUGAUUGUGAUGGCAAUUCUAAAACGGACCCCUAUUGUAAGGAAUUCGUGACAUGGUUCAAGGAUGAAAAUGAUCCGGAGCAAUUAAAAACACAGUGUGAUUCAGCUCAGGAAAGAUUUGGACCUAAACCCGGACCGAGAUCUGGUCCUGGUACCACAGCUUCCAAUGUGGGAAGUACAGCACUUCCCACUGCUGCCAUCGUCCCUUCUGCAUUAGCUGCAGUAGGAUUACCAACAAUUGUCACUUUUCUUUUAUAUAAGGUACAAUUCUAA